UAAUUUAUUCUCAUUGUAUUGUAUUCGCUUCCAGUUAAUUCAGUUUUUCAUGAAGCGGAGUGCUUUUUGUUGUGGGUUUAAAACAUUAAUAAAAUCUCUCCGCUCACGGUAAUUCAUAUGCAAGAUGAAGCAUAUUUGUGUAAUUUGCACACUCCAGAAACCGCCGCUGACGCCGCUGGCCACGGAGCAUAGGGAAUUACUCGAGGCUAUUGUAUCUCCAGCUAUUACCAUGGCAGACCUCAGCGCUUGUGAAAUCUUGCUGUGUAUGGAUUGCCAGGAGAAGCUGCAGUCCAUACAGCAGUUCCAGAAGAUGGCGCUGAACGGCCUCACAGUACUCAAGUCUGUGCUUUCUAAAGUGAACAAUGCACCCACGGUACAGGAUCAGAAAAUACAAACACUAAUAGAAAUGAAAGAUGGCCGGAAACUACUUGUGAAUCCAAUAUCUGUUGUGGAAACAAUUAUAACCGAACCAGAACUGGAAGAACCAGCCAGCUUAGAACUUUCUGCGACUUCACCCAGACACCCACACCCCCUUGCAGAGGAGAUGGAUAUUAAAUCGGAGCAACCUGCGUUCCCAGAGCAGCCCUGCUUAGACGUUGAAUUGAAGCUCGAAGUACAAUCCAAACAUGAGACUGGAACUGAAUUCGAACCUGAAAUAGAGUUAAAAUCGGAGCACUAUGAAUUUGACUCUGAGUCUGAAUUUGAUAAUGCUUCUUUGAGUCGCUCUGUGGCUCAGUGUGACUCGGACUCGAAGAUGAAAACAGAGGAAUGUGAUUUCACCAGAGUACAGAACAUUGCGUUUCAUACACGAAUUAUGAGCCCCUUGCAAACGAAUCACGUUUAUAAGACGAUUGAAAACAAAUAUAAGCCUGCAAUUUUAAAACAAGCACACAGACCACCAAAGGAACCUAGAGCAGCAAAAGUGGGUAUAAUAGCUAGAGCAUACGCUGCCAAACAAGCUAAAGCAGCUUUAAAAGCUAGCGCAAACGCAGCUAAACAGGUUAACGUAGCUUCAGAAGGAGCACAUGGAAUUAUAGAAGCAAAUGUAGCUUCAGAAGAAGCACAAACAGUUGAAGAAGUAAACAUAGCUUCAGUAGCUAGUGAUAAUGCAUUUGUAGAAAUGACUGUCGCUUGUACAACUGAAAUGGCAAACGAAGCUGAGAAAGCGAACGCUACAAAUAUUACUACAGAAGCAAACGCAGCAGUUGAAAAGGAAAAGGAAAGAGAGAGUAAGAAGUCGGAGCGCGUGCAGUGUGCACUCUGUGACAAAGUCCUGUGCCACAAGCGGAGUUUUCGGCAACAUUACUAUCUACGGCACGCCGAGGCAAACCCAGUCAAGUGCGAGUUGUGCCACAAACAGUUCCGCAACGCAGGUGUGCUCCGCUACCACCAGUGUCCGCACAAAAAGGUAACAGUCAAGUGCGAGUUGUGCCACAAACAGUUCCGCAACGCAGGUGUGCUCCGCUACCACCCGUGUCCGCACAAAAAGGUAACAGUCAAGUGCGAGUUGUGCCACAAACAGUUCCGCAACGCAGGUGUGCUCCGCUACCACCAGUGUCCGCACAAAAAGGUAACAGUCAAGUGCGAGUUGUGCCACAAACAGUUCCGCAACGCAGGUGUGCUCCGCUACCACCAGUGUCCGCACAAAAAGGUAACAGUCAAGUGCGAGUUGUGCCACAAACAGUUCCGCAACGCAGGUGUGCUCCGCUACCACCAGUGUCCGCACAAAAAGGUAACAGUCAAGUGCGAGUUGUGCCACAAACAGUUCCGCAACGCAGGUGUGCUCCGCUACCACCAGUGUCCGCACAAAAAGGUAACAGUCAAGUGCGAGUUGUGCCACAAACAGUUCCGCAACGCAGGUGUGCUCCGCUACCACCAGUGUCCGCACAAAAAGGUAACAGUCAAGUGCGAGUUGUGCCACAAACAGUUCCGCAACGCAGGUGUGCUCCGCUACCACCAGUGUCCGCACAAAAAGGUAACAGUCAAGUGCGAGUUGUGCCACAAACAGUUCCGCAACGCAGGUGUGCUCCGCUACCACCAGUGUCCGCACAAAAAGGUAACAGUCAAGUGCGAGUUGUGCCACAAACAGUUCCGCAACGCAGGUGUGCUCCGCUACCACCAGUGUCCGCACAAAAAGGCCGCCCCGAGGCCGGCGCCGCGGACGUGGUGCGCGGAGUGCGCGCGGCAGUUCCCGACCCGCGCGCAGUACCGCGCGCACCUCCUCACCCUCAAGCACACGCCGCGGGCCCUCUACAAGUACGUAUACGGCCUCGUCGCAGGCCCCCCGAGGCCGGCGCCGCGGACGUGGUGCGCGGAGUGCGCGCGGCAGUUCCCGACCCGCGCGCAGUACCGCGCGCACCUCCUCACCCUCAAGCACACGCCGCGGGCCCUCUACAAGUACGUAUACGGCCUCGUCGCAGGCCCCCCGAGGCCGGCGCCGCGGACGUGGUGCGCGGAGUGCGCGCGGCAGUUCCCGACCCGCGCGCAGUACCGCGCGCACCUCCUCACCCUCAAGCACACGCCGCGGGCCCUCUACAAGUACGUAUACGGCCUCGUCGCAGGCCCCCCGAGGCCGGCGCCGCGGACGUGGUGCGCGGAGUGCGCGCGGCAGUUCCCGACCCGCGCGCAGUACCGCGCGCACCUCCUCACCCUCAAGCACACGCCGCGGGCCCUCUACAAGUACGUAUACGGCCUCGUCGCAGGCCCCCCGAGGCCGGCGCCGCGGACGUGGUGCGCGGAGUGCGCGCGGCAGUUCCCGACCCGCGCGCAGUACCGCGCGCACCUCCUCACCCUCAAGCACACGCCGCGGGCCCUCUACAAGUACGUAUACGGCCUCGUCGCAGGCCCCCCGAGGCCGGCGCCGCGGACGUGGUGCGCGGAGUGCGCGCGGCAGUUCCCGACCCGCGCGCAGUACCGCGCGCACCUCCUCACCCUCAAGCACACGCCGCGCGCCCUCUACAAAUUCGAGUGUGAAGUGUGCAAGAAGCGGUUCCGGCACCGGCGCUGGAUGCGCGACCACCUCGACGCCGCGCACCGCGGCCUGAAAAAGUACUCGUGCGACAGAUGCGACUCUUCGUUCGGCUCGUUCACGUCCCUGCGGCGCCACGUCGCGCGCGACCACGACAAGGUAGUCGCGCCGCGGGCAACGCACGUGUGUGAUCUCUGCGGGAAGACGUUCAAGGUUAAAAAGUCGCUGGAGGAGCACCUGUUGUCGCACUACGGGCUGCGGCCCUUCACGUGCGCGGCGCCGGCGUGUCCGGCCGCCUUCUGCUACCGCGCCGCGCUCUACACGCACACGCGCCUCAAGCACGCGCCCGACAAGCAGGGACGGAAGGAACAGGAACAUGACGAACAAAUGGAUGACGGGGAAAGGCCUGAAUACUUGGAAUUACAAUUUGAUGACUGAUUACUAUUUACUAAUAAUAAUAAAUGAAUUACCGU